UGCCAUCUUGUUGUUAGCAUUAACCUCCGCACUCUUUAUACUCCAUAACGGAGAUUAAUAAUCAUAUAUCCCGCGGCUACAUCUCAGUAAGGACAGCAUUUAAUCCACAGAAGGAAGCAGUUCAUGAACUGAGGCGAAAAAUGCCGCGAAUCUCCUAAAAGCGACGGAGACUAUUCAGAGAGUCCGCACACAGGCCGAAAUCAGUGUGUUUAGUUAUUAAAUGAUGUCUUCUGCACACACUGCUGUCAAGACUGAGUUUAUAAAAGAGGAGAGCGAAGAAGUGCGGAUUCCUGAGCCGUGUGGAGAUGAAGAAGAAGAAGCCUCAACCCUGAAGAAGGAAGAGCCGGAGGAACACACAGAACAAACCGAAGUGAAGGAGGAGCGAGAAGAACAGCAUGAGCAUGUUUACGACUACGAGCAGCCCCAGUACCUGAGCUGCUCGCUGAACGGUAAAAGCCUGACGCAAAAAAGAGCGGAGCGAGCAGGGUGCGGGUUUUUCUUCACCUGCCUGGAGUGCAAGAGGAGCUUCGAGUCUAAGGAGCACCUGAUGGAGCACUUCAGGAACCACACCGGAGAGAGCUGCACCCAAACACAAGUGUUCAUGCCUCAGUGCACCACCGAAAAAGGAGCGUGUCCGUUACCGUUCACCUGCCACCAGUGUCAGAAGAGCUUCACCUGUAAAGACCAUCUGCUGCACCACUACCGCAUACACACGGUGGAGAAGCCGUUCCCCUGUGACGAGUGCGGCAAGAGUUUCAUACACAAGCAGAGUCUAAAGAACCACCAGAAAGUUCACUCGGGAUUGAGGCCGUUUGUGUGCACGCUCUGCGGGAAGAGCUACAUCCAUAAAGACAAUCUCACAGACCACAUGCGGAUCCACACCGGAGAGAAACCGCACACCUGCAAACUCUGCGGGAAGAGCUUCACGCAUAAAGGAAGCCUCCUGCACCACAUGAAGAUCCACACCGGACUCAAACCCUUCACCUGCAGGCAGUGCGGACGCCACUUCACACACAAGGGAAACCUCAAAAUCCACAUCCGCAUUCACUCCGGGGAGCGGCCGUUCGUGUGCUCGCAGUGCGGCAAGACCUUCAUUUACCACGGGAAUCUGAUGGGCCACUUGAAGAAGCACUCUGGGGAGAAGAAACACCGCUGUGAGGAGUGCGGCAAGAGUUUCGUGGAGGCUCGACACCUGCAGAAGCACAUGAAAACACACGCCACGGUGCGGCCCUUUGUGUGUGCACACUGUGGGAAGGACUUUUUGUGGCCGCACAACUUCAAGGAGCACAUGAAGGUCCACACCGGAGAGAAGCCGCACGUGUGUUUGGACUGCGGGAAGCCCUUCACCAGGCAGAUCUACCUGAAGCGGCACCAGAGGAUCCACUUGGGGGAGAAGCCGUUUAAGUGCGAGCGCUGCGGGCUGUGUUUUACCACCAUGGAUUCACUGAGGGUGCACGAGCGAGUGCACACUGGUGAGAAACCUUACAAGUGUCCAUCCUGCCACAAGAGCUUCGGCAGAUUGAGUACGCUGCUGACGCACAAGAAAAAACACUGCCCCAUGCUGAGGAAGUGAACGCCAGUAGAGAAGUGCUUUAUAAGAUCCUGGUGUAGAGAGUGCUGCUCAAAACGUCUUAGAGGGGCAGUUCACACUGAAAGAACAUUCACUCACUGUUUUACUCUCCAGUCAAAUCUUUCAGACCUUUAUGAGUUUCUUUCUUCUGUUGAACACUAGGGAUGACAGCUGCAAGACUGACGUUUCGACACAGUGUCGAGAUCCCAAAGUGCAAGUUUUUGCAACACUGCACCAAAGCAUGAUCCGAAAUACCCAGGUAACGUGACUUAAGCGGUUUGAAAUAUCUAGGUUAUGUGACUGAAGCAAAUCGAAACAUUUAGGUCAUGUGACUAAAACAAUUCGAAACACCCAGGUCACCUCACUAAAGUGAUUUGAAAAAUUUAGGUAAUGCUACUAAAUCAAUUUAAAACACCCGAGUAACACGACUAAAGCAAUUCAAACCACUGUGGUCAUGUGACUAAAGCAAUUCGACACACCUGGGUCAUGCAACUAAAUCAAUUCAAAACACCUGAGUCACACGACUAAAGCAAUUCGACACACCUGUGUCAUGCGACUAAAGCAAUUCAAACCACUCUGGUCAUGUGACGAUUUGAAACACUCAGGUGACCUGACAAAAGCAAUUCAAAACAUCUAGGUCAAGUGACUAAAGCGAUUUGAAACACUAAGGUUACACGACUAAAUUGUUUAGAAACACUCGGGUCACGUGACUAAAGCAUUUUGAAACACUCAGAUUACACGGCUUAAGUGAUUUGAAACACUAUGGUCACGCAACUAAAUUGAUUUGAAACAUUUAGGUCAGGCUAAUAAAUCGAUUCAAAACACCUGAUCAUGCAACUAAAUUGAUUCGAAACACCUGGGUCAUGUGACUUAAGCAAUUUGAAACAUCUAGGUCAUGUGACUAAAUUGUUAAGAAACACUGGUCAUGCGACUAAAGCAAUUCCAAACUCUCAGGUAACGCAACUAAAUCGAUUAGAGACACUCUGGUCAUGCAACCAAAGUGAUUCAAAAUACUUUGGACAUGCGACUAAAUCGAUUCGAAACACUUGAUCACAUGACAAAAGCGGUUCGAAACACCCAGGUCACGCAACUAAAGUGGUUCGAAACACUCGGGUCACACAACUAAAGCGAUUUGAAACACCCAGGUUAUUUGACUAAAGCGAUUCUACACAUUUAGAUCAUGACUAAAGCAAUUCGAAAGACCUUUAUGAGAUUUUAUGCAUGCUUUUGACAACUGUUAAGCUUCAUUCGCGCAGUUAUGUCAUUUUAAGUGCAAAGAUGACAGUUUGUCUUUUUUUGAUGGCAGCAUGACAUUAGACAACAGAACUUGUCAUAAAUUUGUCAUAAACAAAAUGGCCAUGAGGCAUUAUUAUUGUGAGUUGACUAAUCACAUUAGUCAUUAAAAUGUCAAUAAUAGUUUUAAAGCAGAAUUAAUUUUGAUUUACUGUAAAAUGGAUCAGAAAUAUAUUCAUCACACAGUUAUAAUGACCUCAUUACAAUCAUGUUUAUGACAGAAUAAAUGAAUCAAACAAGUGAUAUUUUAUUCAUAAAUACAAAAAAGCACAUUUAAUUAUUUUUCAAAUAUUUUUUCCUCCUUGAUGCACUCAACCGACAUACACUGUCUAGGGAUUAGUGAGUGAGUGAGCAGUUUUGAACACAGCCAUUGAUCUCUAUAUUUACUGUCCUACUUUGGAAGUCAAUGGUUACAGGUUUUCAACAUUUUUCAAAACAUCUUCAUUUGUGUGCAACAGAAGAGAAUCUCAAGUUUGUGUGAAAGUGAAGCUAAAUAAAUGAGUUAAUUUAGAUCUUUUUAGUAAACUGUCCCUUCAUUUAUUUUUUAUUUUUUGUAAUUGUAUUUGUUGUAAGGUGAUGCAUGGAUAAAAUGGUAAAUACAUAAAACAUGUCAGACUCGCUGCCGUGGGACACAAACUCAGAUGUUGUCUACUGAAAGUCCAGCAUCUAAUGUGUUUUAAUGGGAAACGGUAAAACCAAAAUAAGCACCUUAGAAAAAGAGUUUAAAAGAAUCAACUGCUGUGACAUUUUAUAUAACAAAAUUAAUUAAAAAUGUUUGUUUCUGGAGUUCAAAAUGAACAAAUUAACCCCUUCAAGGUCCGAUUGGUCCAUGCUGUUGAUGUAAUAUGUGGGUGUGGCUCUGGGGCUCCGCCUCCUCUCUUUUUUCAUUCCUGCAGCAGUCAGUCAGAAUCCAGCAUCCUAUAAUAUACACAGUGAAGAGAUGCUGAAUGCUGUAGAAAUGUCAAAUUUCAGUCAGUUUAUGCUGUUGUUCAGCUCACAGAAUGCAACAUACACUGAUAUAAUCUAAUCAAUCCAGAGUAAACAGUCUGUCAGUCUUUAGAAACAACAUGAGAAAAGAGCUGUAAGAGUGUUGAUCUCAUGUAAUCACUGGCCUGAAAUGUCAUUGGUUCUCUAAUGUUUGAUUAAUGGCAUGGAUGAACGAGUCCUUUAGGCAACUCUUACUGAAUGGAUGAGAAUCUGUCUGUGUUCACAUGUGUUUAUUUUGCGUAUACUAGUGUGCUUGAAUCUCUGUCAAGCACACUCUGCAGAAAUGUCUUAAUUUAGUUGCUUUAUACCCCAGACUGAAGCUGUGUGGUGUAUAAUGUGUACAUGACAAAAUGAACAUAAUAAAAAUCCAAAUCUCCAA